GAUUCUAAACUUUGCAGCAUCACUAUUUAAAAAUUUGAUUCGCGUCAUAGAAAUGCAGGACAACCGAUUUUUCAUUCUCAUGAUACUUCUGGUAUUUUCUACCUCUCUAAAUCUUGCCAGAUGCUCGGACGACCAGCAGUUUGAAUCCGCUAGAGAGGGUCAAAAGUUGAAAGCUAAUGAUAGGCGAUCCGCUGGAUUAGUGCCGUAUCCUAGAAUUGGUCGAAAUUCGGAGAUAUCAAGCUUCUCCAGGUCGGAGCGUGCUUUAGGUUUGAUACAUCAGCCUCGAAUCGGACGAUCCGACGUGUCGAGCUUUGACAAUUUGAAUCGAUUUCACGAUUUAUCAUCCGAUGCCGACAUUGAGUUUUAUGCUAUGGAUAUGGAUCCUCUCUUAAGUCCUGAUUACGAAGACUACGCGAGCAAACCGAUAGCACUUAAAUAUGCUGACAAGCUACAAAAAGAUAAUUCCUGGUUAAUGCCUGAUCAUAUUCAUGGAUAUAAAGAUUUUCAUUUCGCACAAAAGAUUAACGAUCCUCGACUAUACUAUUCUAUUUUGCGAGAUUCUCGAAAUACUCAAGGUCAAGGAGGAUAUACUCCAAGAUUAGGUCGGGAGAAUGAACGUGACACUGCGAAUUUCCUGUAACUUAUUCACGCUUUGAUCACUUGCCUCGCGAACUUAACGGAUGUUAAUCCAAAGGAAAGAAGAAACUUACUGUCAGAGACGUCACCAGAAACAUGUGAUGCUUUCGAUCGUUUCCCCGUUUGCAUCGGCGACCCACUUUAUCCUUGCACUUUGUACGCAAGUUUAUGCGCAACACAAUACAUAAUCUGCAUUUAAA